CUACAUCCACGCCCGUACUGCGCAUGCUCCCUGCAUCCCCUCUUAUCUAGCAGGAUUUGAAGACUGGGCUGAAGAUGCUCUCAGCGUCUCGGGUCGCUGGUCGCUUGUCACCGGGUGAAUAUUGACUCAUCUGGAGGAACGCAGAUAGGGAGGAGAAGGUGCAGACUUUACCCGAAGGUUCUCACUCGCUCCUCGGAUUUGUAUCCCCUCCCCUCGAACAUGGAGCUGAAGAAAUCUUUCUCGGACACCGAGCGAGCGCUCCGGAGUUACGGCGCCGUGUCGGAAACGGCGUGGACGACGGACAAAGGUCACUCAGAUGUGUCCAUGGCAGAGAGCACCAUGUCUCCGGAGGAGAUCGAGGUGGAGAUGGCUCGCAUCCAGCGCCUGCGGGAGGUCCUGGUGCGCAGGGAGUCAGAGCUGCGCUUCAUGAUGGACGACAUUCAGCUCUGCAAAGACAUCAUGAGCCUGAAGCAGGAGCUGAGACAAAUUGUUUCAGUACCAGAGAAAGAAAAGAACAAGAAGCACAAGCAGCGGGAGGAGGAGCUGAUCCUGAAGAUCCAUAAACUGGUGCAGAAAAGGGAUUUCCUGGUGGACGAUGCUGAGGUGGAAAGGCUAAGGGAGAAGGAGGAGGACAAGGAGAUGGCGGAGUUCCUCAGGCUGAAGCUCAGGCCUCUGGAGCAGAAACUCAGAGCCACACCGAAUCCACUAAAACCCAGGCGACAGAUCCCAGAGCCCCCUCCCAACAAACCAUUCAUCACCAAGUCAGGAGCGGCCAUCAUUAAGGACUGCUGCGGAGCCACCCAGUGUGCUGUAAUGUAACCGACCAAUGUAGCGACCGUUGCAACCCCCAUGUCACAUGACCCAGUCACUUCCUGUUUACUCAGUGAACCACAGAUAGCAGCUCUGCCCUUGAGUCUGCUCAGAAAUCAGAUCUAUUUCCCAACUGUAAGGGUGUGGGGAACCGAUCCCUGAUCACCAUUCAAGGGGGAGUGUUUUACAGUGAGGGACAUCUACCAGGACUGUACAUGAACUAAUCAAAGCUGUAAAUAAAGUCUGGUAACUGUAUGGUUGAUGUAUUUAUGCAGAGACAGAUCGGGUCAUUCCUGUAUGUUGCAUUCCUUUAAGACGAGGAUGUGUCCGAUUGGACAAAUAAGGCCUAAAAGCACAAUAUCUAUCGCAUCAAUAUUUAAUGAGGCUCUGUGACAUGAAAACAAAGCCGCUCAUUAUGUUAUUUAUGAGAACAGUUUUCAUUCAUCCAGUUAAGUUCUGCUUAUUAUUCAUCCCAGCUGAUGAAACUAAAUUGUUCUAUAGAGUAAAUGUUAUUCAUUAUUGGUUAAUAUAGUCCAUUGUUUAAAGUUCGGUUUGCAGUGGAUACUUUUGUACAUUAAUGUUUACAAGCAAACAAUCUCUGCAGCAACCAAUGAAAAAGCUUAUACCUUACAUGCUCAAACACCCGCAAUUAUAUCUCAACUCAUGAUGGUUGAAAAUGCAUACUUCAGACUUCAUGUUAUUUAAAAAAUGAUUGUGAUGAGUUUCCAAAGCCACAAAGAUGUCCUCUAUGAAUGCGGAGAGCAGACAGGCGUAAUCAUUAAUUACAAUAACUUUAUCUUUAGAUGAUUAGUUAUUUAUCUAAUUUCCUUGAGGUUAUAGAGCUAAUUUUCUCAAGAUGAUGGUGCUUGUUUUGUCUCAACAUCUUUGUUACCCCUUAUCAUAAUGUUGUGUAUCUACUUCAGUAGCAAAGAUACAAUCCUCUUCUGUUCUUGCUCUUCUUUGUCACACUUGAAAAGUUUCAGAUCAAACCUGAGUAAAGAGAAAAGCAGUUUUCAUACAAUCAUUUCUUGAUUAAGAGGAAAUAAAAGCUACCCAAACCCACCGUUCUCUAUGUGGAAAAGAAAAUGCUCAGUUCAUGGUUCCCUUGGCAGUAACAACUGCCAUUGUGCAUUUACAAACACUGGGAAAAAGUCUCUAACAUCGCUGUGGAGGAAUUUUGGUCCACUCUUCCUUGCAGAAUUGCUUUGAUUCAGCCUCAUUGGUUUAACCCUGUACAUCUUAACUCCAUCUGCGUUGGUUUUAAUUCCAGGGUUUUGGGUCAUAGUCCUGCUGUAUAACUUGAUGAACUGAUUUUCUCUUUAAGGAUCUUCAGGUAGAGAGUGGAAUUUAUUGUUUCAAUUAAUUACAGCAGAUCAAAUUUCUGAUGUAGCAAAGC